AUGGUGGACAAAAAUGGACGAAAUUUUCGAACAUUUUAUUAUGAUACUUUAGGCCUAAAAAACGUCGAGCAAAGGAAAGCGUUGGAGAUACUGCUGAAAGAUAACCCAAUAGGUAUUAAAAUAGUCACAGGGGUGAUUUUUAUGCUCCAAAGUUCUAGAAACUAAGUCCAGAAAUACCCAAACUUUUUCUUUAGAUUUACAACGCAUUUCAACAUUUAGCACUCGGUUUACCUUGCCUGCAGUUUACAGAACCCAUGUCUGGAAAGUGAUUUUAGGUAAGAAUGCCUUUCGAUAAAUUUCUGAUCAUUGCAAGUAGCCUGAAGGAAAUUAUUUACAUCGAUACUGAGCGGUAGAAAGUUUCGCUCGGAAGUUUGCAUUGAUCAGUUUAGUUAAUUUUGAAGAUCAGCUGCUCUGGUCGAGAAUAACAUAACUGAGAUACAUCUCGCGCCUGGAUUUGUCAAAAUAUAUCAUUUAUAAUACUUUCAAAGCCAAAUUUAUUUUAUAGAGGCAAUAGACUGCUCAUUCUAUCGGUUAAUAACCCCUUGGAGUGGUGGGGAAACGUCCAGAAGUUUGUAAAUGACUCGCGUUCGGCUUGUUCGUAUACUUUUUUGCGGGUUUCUUUCAAAAUCUUGCAUUGGUUACUACAUCACGAAAACAAUGAAAAAAAAUGCAAACUAUUGUUGGAAUAAAGCGUUCCUCUGGGACUCCAUGAGAUUUGUACAUAGAAAACCUCAUUAAAUGUACUACAGUUUCAAAAGAGUGAACUGGAUACAAAUGCUAACUACCUCUAAAAGUACUCCAGUCCUGAGAACAAGGGCAAUACCUUAUAACACAACCUGGAAUUGAAAACCAUAAAAAUCAUACCUUAAAUUUAUAACAAAAUGUCCCCUGCACAGCGAAUUAUGAUCUAAUUUUCUGAGUAAAAGUAAAGCUUUGGGAGCCACUGAUGAAGUAGACAAACAGAUAAAAAUUCUCAUAGCCUUUCUUUUUUUUUUUUUUUUUUUUCUUUUUUCAUGGAAAACAGGUAUCAUUCCCCCUUACCACGAUGCCCAGCAGUUUGUAAUGCAACAGCGACGUGAACAUUUUCAUGACCUUCAGCAUGCUUUGAGAGUUAUAAGGAAAAUUUCAGAUGGAGAUGAAUUGCCUUAUCAAAUGUCAAUGGUCUUUUUGUUGGAUGAAGGAGCUUUUCGAUUUGUAAAAGUACCAAAGGUAAAAUAUAAUAGAAAUUUAAUUAUUUCAUAAUUUUGAAAUGCUGAGUUGAGCAACAGAGCAGUGGCUUUCAUGUAGUUUAAGGACUCUUGCUUUGCUUACUUGAUCCACAAUCUGUAGUGUAAAUACACCCUUAAGAUACAUUGUUUAAUCCAUUAGCUUGUAAAAGUGACCAGCAUAUAAUUUCUCCUUAUGAUCUCACCCCUGAAUCACACAUUUGAGUCAUGAGAAUAAAGGAAAUGAUCACCAAUUAAAAAAGCUCUUGAUUAUUUAACAACUUCUUCUUAUCAGCACCUUAGGAAAUUUAUAGAGGACAGUAUAGAGAAUAUGCAUAUUGAUGUUAGGAUGUAACCCUAAGCAAGUUACAGCUGUUUUGCCAUAUAGCCUUAACCCUUUAACUCCCAUGAGUGACCAAGACAAAAUUUCUCCUUACAAUAUCAAUACAAUAUCAACCAGAUAAGUAAUAAGAAUAAAGAAAAAUAUUGAUUUGGGGAUAAUAAGUUGAUCCAAUACUAAAUUCUCUGAACUAAAAUAAUAGGAAAUGUAUGAAUGACAGUAAGGAGAAUGACAAAUUUGAACUGGGAGUUAAAGGGUUAAACAUUCAACUCCCAGAAGUGAAUGACUUGUAACUCAACCUUGUAAUUCCAAUAAGUUAUCUUGUAAACAGGUUAUGAGAACAGUCAAGUUUUAAAGGAUAUUACAUGGGUGUGCAGAUAUUUCAAAUAUUUCAACACUGGAAGAGAAAUUUAAUAUCUUGGCAUGGCCAUGUAAUAUUUUAUUUAUUAUACAAACACCAACAACAUAACUGAUGAUUUUACUUUUGUAUGUAACUAUAGCAACAGUGAUCUUUUAAGGUGUGGAUAUAACAUGUUAUCUUUAUCUUUGAAGAGAUCAUGUUUUCACACAAAAGCUCACUUGGUAUUUCAUUGCUGCCUAUAUAAUAAAAUUGCUUAUCAGCUGAAGAGUGUUAUUUUGAAAAAAUACCAAAUUCUUUGUCUAAUUUACAAGGUUAAAUUAAAGGUAAACUAUGGCAGGAAAUAGGGAGGAUUACUAAUUGGAUCUUGGGAGAUUAAGGGUGAAGGAUGUACCAAGAAGUGUGGCUUAUUUGUUGGGCAAGAAUCCUAAAACUCCUGCAUUUGAAGUGGGGGAUUUCACUGGAAACAGUUCUCUCUACCUACAGUUUGGAAAUUGAUGAAAACACACAACUUAAUAGCUUUAUUUUGUACCCCAUUAGGAUCUUGAAAGGAAAGCAGAAGUAAUGAGAUCUGUAGUGCAGGUGUUUAGCGAAAUGUUUGAAGACGAAGUUGAUCUUUACUGGUUGUCGGCAAACUUCAUGAAGUGUCUGGACCAGUCAGGACUACAGCUAGAGAAACUGGUAACACAGAAUCUUGUUGUGGCAUACCGUUUUAAGAAACUAUACUAAAAAGCCAAGCAAGUGUUUUCAGUUUUUAACAUUUUUUAAGAUGCAUGAUGGUUUGAAUUGUACCCAAUCUUUCUUUGUACAUUUAUUGGUUUGAUUUUUUCUUGGUUUAAAAUAUUUGAAACCAGUUUGAUGAUGAGUUGCAGUAAGUUGUUUUCGAUGAUAUUAAAAAAAACAACAACAACAACAAUGCUGUGAUGCACAUUAGCCUACUUUAAUGAGUUUUCUAGUUGUGUAGCAUGUUUGUAGAAUUUGGUCAUGAGUUAUGAAUUAUUAUUAGUUGUUACUUUAAGUCAAAUAAUUUAACACAAUUUUUUUUCAAAAAUCAGUAUUAUUAUAAUUGCACAGUAGGACCUUUGCAACCAACACUUUUGUAGGAAUCUCAAAAGAUUUUUUGUGCACCAAAAUCUCCUGUUUUUAUUGUUUUUUUAUUUGAAAAUUGGUGUUAGCCUGUUGUUAAUAUGCUUGUUUAAGCUACAGUUUUUUCUUAUUUGAAAUUAGGGCUGUAAUCUUCUUUAUUAUUAAUUAUUGAUAUUAUUGUGUUUCAAGGCAAACCUGAUUCAGUAUUACCUUCAAGCUGAAGAUGUCCAUCUUCAUAAACACUUAUUAAAUAUUGACGCAUUUAAUGUCUUACCACAUAAGAGGUAAAUAAAAUAUUUGAGCUAUUAAUUUCUCAAUCUCAGUAAAAACAACUCUCUCAACCCUAUUCCUUCUUUAAUUUUAAAAACCAAAUUUUACUUCAUUACACUGGUCAGAUUGGUUUAAUUUCUGGUUUUCAAGCCCUUUUUUUUUCUUAUCCCUUAAAAUCCCAGAAGUGAUUGAUAUGUAACUUCUCCUUAUUAUAUCCAUGCACUAUCCAGCAGACAGGUAAUGAGAAUACUCAAACUUAUCAGGUAGAAGUUGUUAUCUUGAUCUAACACCAAAUUCUUGGAACCAGUUUUAAAGGAAAUGAGUAGCAGCAAGAGGGGAGAAUUAACAAUCAGAUCUUGAGAGUGAAAGGGUUAAAAAAUCUCUUUUAGAGUUGUAAAUGGCUUUGGUGUGAAAACUUAUAUUCAUUUGGUUAAACUGUUUCUUGUAAAUGUUUUCUUAUGUUUUGUACUUUUUAUUUUCAUGAGGUGGUUUGAAAGUGGCUUUGCUGAGGAUAUUCCAGAUUCAUGCAUGGAAAGGUUAUCGAAUACUUUUGUCUCUUGAUCAUUUUGAGUACAGAUUUUAUAACUGCAAUCAUUGCCUCUAUAUUACCUCCACUUCAUUAGUUAGAGUUACCUCAGUCAGUUCCAACUGGAGUAAAAUGUAUCAUAACUCUUGGUAGAGCUUGCUGAAGAUAAGUAUUCAUGGCUAUUGGAAAUUAUUUAAAGGGUAUUUCAAUGCUGACUGACACAAAAUUGCAAGAGAUGUGAGGGAUUUGUAAGCGUCAACUGAGAGUUUUCACCGUUUUCUAUGUAAUCACCCACUAACUACCAGUCCACAGGACACUUUUAAGACAAAAUAAGAGCAUGUAAGGGCAUAAAAAAACCGAGUUUUAAGUUUUUGAAAUUUUUCUUCUAUCAAAAUUGAUUUGUUCAUACCAUAAGCAAAAUACUUAUGCAAAAAAAAUUUCAUGUCACGGGCACUUUAAGUACUAAGCUUAUUCCUGUAAGCAGUGUUUGGUGUUUUAUACCUCCUGACAGUAGUCAUAGACACUAAGAAGUGACAUCAUCAUGAUUAUGAUAGUUUUUAAGCUCGCAUAAUACUUUUUUUCAAUUAUUUUGGGACUUAAGGCUUGGCUUUUGUUUUAGCCUUGUUUGUCAUCAUCUUGGUUGAUAACAUAAACCUUAGCCCAGGUGAUUCUCACCACCAUGCCAAAGCUAAUUUAAAAACCUUUAAUUGUAAAUUGUUACACAUGUCCAGACUCUUAACACUUUCACUCCUAAGAGUGUCUAGCAUCUAACUUCUCCUUACAAUAUCACACCUGAAUCACACAUGUAGUUCAAGGAGAAUAGAGAAAAUGAUCACCAACAAAGGAAGUUUUGAAUUCUUAAACAAAUUCUCUUGGUCAGAACCUUAGGAAAUUUACAGAGCAUACUGGUGUUAGGGUGUAUAGGGUUAAGGAAACUUGACAGCUUUAGGCUGGGGCUUAUAGGGGUACAUUGUAAGUAGUUGAAUUGAGUUUGUAUGUUUUUUUUAAUGUGUUUAGUUUUUUCUUCUGUAGGAUAUGGGACAAAGUUGUGAGUGGAUCCAGUAAGAUUCUUGUUUUUGUGGCUGUCAGCCUUCUGGUGUUCUUUAGACGUCAACUCCUUAUGGAAAAAUCUAUUCAGGGUGUUGAGAGGUUCUUUUGCAAGGUAAGAUAUAUCAAAUACACUGUACUUCACUAGUCACACACCAUAGUGAAAUCCUUGUCAUGGCAGUUUUGGAUUACCAUACUAUUUAACCUUUUGACUGCUAAGAGUGACCAGCAUAUUAUUUCUCCCUACAAUAUCAUCCUCAAAUCACACAUCAAAGUCAUGAGAAUAAGGGAAAUGGUCACCAACUAAAGAGGCUCUUGAUUGUUAAGGAAAUUCUUUUUGUCAGCACCUUAGGAAAUGUAUAGAAAACAGUAUAGAGAAUGUGCAUACUGAUGUUAGGGUGUGAAGGGUUAAACUCAUAAAUAAAAUUUCUUAUUUUGUCUAAUUACCAGUACUUUUAUUUACACGUUUUCAUGGUGCUUGUGUACAGCCUGUCCCAAAAGACAACUUUGAGAUGAUUGUUAAUGAAGCAAUGGAACUGUGGGACAAACACGGUGCUACUGUCAUUUCUGAGGUACCAACCAUGCACUGAGUCUGGCCGAUAAUCAUGACAGGAUGUGAGCUUUGUGUCUACAAGGAAGUCAAACUUGAGACAUUUGUGUAACCUUCAGUCAGCCAUUUAGGCCAUUCCCGUGGCUUCUAUUGUAAAAAGCUCAGGGAGAUGACAGCCUGGCUAAUAACCAAUAUCUAAUAACUAAUGCUGUCAUCACUGUGGGAUUUUGGGCUUGGAUGUUAGAUCAAGAGAGAUGGUAAUUUUCUCUCCCAUGGGGGACACGAGUGUGGUUUAAAAGCCUGGAUGUGGUGACCACACGAUUGCCAAGAAAUGAACAAACAGAGUAAAAAAUCAGGCAACCAUUGUAUGAAAAACAUAACAUUGAGUUGAAGCUAUCCUUAGACUCAUAAAAUGUGUGAAAGACAAGUUUCAUUAUGAGAAAAACUGCUAAUUAGCGAAGCAAUGGGAUGGACGAAUUCUCAAAACUAUUUCAAACCGAUACAAUAAUUUUCUCGAAUUCUCCCGACCCCCGUGUGUAGAUCAGGUUAUGGAAAAAAAAAAGGUGCUCGACUUCAGUUUAGCACAUAUUUAACCAUAUUUACUGGAUAACGGGAGUAAAGGUAACAGACGGUUCCUUACGGAAAAGUUUUAAUUUUCGAUUAGCGUAGUAAAUCAUGCGCAUUUAGCUACAUUUCAUGGAAGAGACGGCUUUGGGCAGGGGGUCUAUCGGGAGGUUGGAGUUACUGGGGGUAAAAGAUUUCUCUAGAAUUGAAGGAGUACUGUAAGAAACCAAUUUUAGUUCGAGUUACCGCGUAGUUCGAGCUAGCCAUGACCAGAAUAUAAUGGGAGCCAUGGCUUGAAUUUAUCGGGAGUUAUUUACUCGACCACAUUUUUCGGUUUUUGUCUGCUGGACAAAUGACGUAUAGAAUAGAAGUUUCCCUGCAUUGUUCAAAACAAGGAAAACUCCUUCGAAAAUUGUUUUAAUUAUGUCACCACGAAGACUAUAUUUCAACAUGAAUAAGAGC